UUCUCGCCUGGACCUUUAAAGCGAACAUUUCGCAGAGAGUGGUUUAAAUUGGCGAUUUGCUUGUAGAAAAGAAAGGACAUGCAUUAAAUGUAGCUAAAUUUUAUUGACAGCUAUGGUUUAUUUGUAUGAACCUAUUUUCCCAAUUGUUAAUUGAAAUAAAACCCAAAGUUUUGAUGAUAAAAAACUUAAGUAGUUUUGCAACAGAUUUGGUAGGCAUUUUGAUUACCAAAGAUUUUCCCAAGAGGGAACACUGAUUAUAUGAUCUCAGUCCCUGGUCUUGCUACCACUUUAACCAGGUAACACGUUUGAAAGAAAAAUUAGCGAAAUGAGAGAGUAUCCCAUUGUGCCAUCCUUUGUCGAUUUAUCAAGCCUUCAUUAUAAUUGUAAACAACGCCUUCUACUCCUUUCGUUUAUGACGUCACGAAUGUAUUCUUUUUUUUGUCAAACACACUAAAGAAAUAUAAUCGCCCCGUUACUGUCUCUACUUAUAUGAUAUUUGAUGUCUGUAAAUCGGAUAUAAUUUCCUAGAACAUCCAACAGCUAAAAACUAAGUUCGAACAAGUUUGCCUCAAUCUGGUUUGAGCAAAAGUAACUUGAGUUGAACAUCAGACCAACACCAGCAACGGCACUAAGCAACGAACCGAAAUGGUGGUUCAAAACGAAAGCUUAGCUACAAAACGCGCUUAGCCUCGCUGCAGUUUGUUUGCGAAGUUCGUGCUAAAAGGUGGUGUUGGAAAGAAAUAUAUUCUGUUACGCGUACGUUAAGCGUGAAACACAAAAAUUUGUGAAAAAGUGCAAAUGUAUAUAUAAAUAAGCAUUGCUUUACAACAGUAAAUCAAAGGCAGAUGUAAAUGUGCAUUGUUUAUGUGUUGCGAAAUCGACAGCCGUGAAGCCCGCGCGGAAAGUAUUUAAAAUUAGUGCAAAUAAUUUGAAUAUUUGCUUUUUAAGCCCGGAAAUUUGAAAUUGAGUAAACUGCAUUUCCUACAGAGGAAAAAGUACACGAUAAACAAUAAUUAUAGAGCAUGAAAUUUUGAAUAAUGAAAGCAAAUUAUUGAAACAGCGUCCAUUAAAAUACAUUAGCCAAAUGCGUUUAUAGCCACAUAGUUAGUAGGCAGAAUUCCAAAAUAGGAAGUAGCAAAGAAACAAAGUGAGAAAAUAACUAAAAACCUAUAAAUAACUUAUUUUUGCCAAAGCAAAUACAAAAAACUAAGCCAGUGGGAGAGUGGCGAAGAAAAGUAAGAAACGUAACAGCUAAACAAGUGCAAGGAACCGCAAACAGUCGCCCACUUUGUGCACGCUGCACUACCGCGUAUCUGUCUCGCCGUUUGCGUGUCGCGCAUGUGCAGUGUUUUGUUUAGAUAUUUUGUCUCUCAAACAUACGUAUUUCUGCAACAAAAAACCAUACAGCAUGCCAAUUUUUCGCUAUUAACGCGCAUUUUGUUGUCUGUUUCUUACUUUUUCAAAUUAUUUUCUCUAAUUGUGGCUUAAGCAACAGCUCUGCACAGUUUUGGGUGCGUUAAGUGUGUUUUUCUUUGAACUACUGUGAGUAAUAGAAGGAAAACAUAAUAAUAACACAACGAAGAUGCUCAAAAGUGAAAUUUUUAGUCUUUGGCUGCUGGCAUUUGCCUCUUUCCUUGCAUUGCAGUUGCUCGCCGGCUCCGCUGAAGCCUUCACCAUACUCUCGCCCUUCAGCUACACCUCUUUGAGCUUUAAGAAUCUGCUUAAUUCAGUGUUUUUAGCCAGUAAUGCGAAUUUGGCGGGUGGUGGGAGAAAUCUAAAAUCGGAUAUUCUUGAGGAUGCGUCACUGAUAACGCCGAAAUUGAUACGCAAGUACGGUUACCCAUCGGAGACACAUACAGUGGUCACAAAGGAUGGCUAUAUUCUGGAGAUGCAUCGCAUACCAAAACGUGGCGCCCAGCCAGUGCUUCUCAUGCAUGGCAUAUUGGACACAUCGGCCACAUGGGUGCUGAUGGGACCGAAGUCGGGGUUGGGUUACAUGCUAUCAGAUCUCGGUUACGACAUCUGGAUGGGCAAUGCGCGUGGCAAUCGCUAUUCGAAGAAUCACACCAGCCUCAAUAGCGAUUACCAGGAAUUCUGGGAUUUCACCUUUCACGAAAUGGGAAAAUUUGAUUUACCUGCAAACAUUGAUUAUAUCCUCAGCAAAACCGGUUACGAACAGCUGCACUACAUAGGUCACUCACAGGGCACUGCAGUCUUUUGGGUUUUGUGUUCUGAGCAGCCCUCGUAUACACAAAAAAUUUUAUCGAUGCACGCUCUGGCUCCCAUAGCGUUCAUUUCUGACAUGAAGAGUCCGCUUUUUCGAACAUUGGUUGUGUUUUUAGAUUUUUUAACGGCGGCAACACGCAUGCUACGCAUUACUGAAUUUAUGCCCAACACAAAGUUGUUUGUAGAUCAUACCCAAGUGGUAUGCCAUGACAACGCAAUGACACAGGAUGUCUGUUCAAAUAUCUUGUUCCUGGUGGCCGGCUACAAUUCGGAGCAAUUGAAUAAGACAAUGCUACCAGUCAUGUUGAGUCAUACACCUUCAGGGGCAUCAAUUAAACAACUGGAACACUUCGGGCAGCUAAUGAAAUCGGGGAAUUUUCGUCAAUUCGAUCGUGGCUUUUUGCGCAAUCAACUCCAAUACAAUCGUAUGACACCGCCCGAUUAUGAUCUGUCCAAGGUGAAGGUGCCUGUGGCACUUUACUAUUCGAUGAACGAUAUGUUGGUAUCGACGACGGGUGUCGAUCAUUUGGCACGCGAGUUGCCCGAUGUUAUUGAUAAAUACUUGGUGCCCAUGGAGAAGUUCAAUCAUUUGGACUUUUUAUGGGCGAUUGAUGUCAAGUCACUAGUGUACAAUCGCCUCGUAAGGAAUAUUAGGCGCGUGGAGAAUUACAAGCAAAAGCGAACGCUACAAAUUAAUGCGAGCAUACAGCAGUUGAGUACGCAUCUACAACAACAACAUUUACAACUAUUGCAUCAACGACAACAACGGCAACAGCAGAAACACUUGCGGGAACAGCAACAAUUGGAAAACCAACAACUACAAAGAAGCGGAAACACUCGCUCUAAUUUCCAUACAAUUGCUAAUGGAAAUUUAAAUUCAAUAAAAAUUGGCAGCGAUGGUCAGCCUAUAAAUGGACGCUUACAUCCGCAUGGUGAGACCGUUUAUUCAACUUAUGCUUCAAUUUUGCCGAAUCUCAUGCCGCCAACAGCUACAGCGCCAUCUCUAAAACCCACACCGCCAAUACCGACGACGCUGCCAAUCGUCAAUACGAACUCGAAUCAGUAUUUAUCCGUGGAUGGGGAUAUACAUCCAGUUUAUAAACCAAGUGUAAAUGAGCACGAAACUAUAGACAAAGAAAGUGUUUCAAAUUCUAAUAUACCCCUAGACGCCAUGUCAGUUUUGCUCUCUAAUACACAGUCGAAUAUGGAAGUCACGACCACGAAUGUGGCACCAUUUGACUUCUCGGAAACGUCGGAAAAAGUCGUAGAAGGGAGCGCGUGAAGCAAACUACAAUUGUAGUUAGUUUUUAUGCAAUUCCAGUGAACUAUUCAUGUUUUUUAAGUUAUUUUUAAAUUUUCGCGGCAUGACUAAAAGAAAAAUCUUAUUUUAGUUCAUCGUUAUUUUCAUAUAACUUUUAUUCAUUCUUAAGUUGUUUUGUAAAUAAUAAUUUUACUGCAUAUUUUUAUUAAUACUUUUUUAUAUUAUAUUUGUUUUACUUAUUUUUAAAAUUUAGUUGCCAGGUUAAUAUUUUGGUUUUUAUAUUGUUUUAUUCUGUAAGUUCAUUUAUCUUUAAAUAUGUAAGCAUAUAUUUUAUUCACUAACUUUUAUUUUUUAUAUAAGUUGAAUAAAAUAUUAGAUUUUUAAUUAUAAACCGUAAUUAUUGACUGUGAUGACAAACGAUAAACAAACGAAUAAAAAUCUCAGCUGUUGGUGAUUACUUAGUGCAUGAUAUUUUUUGUACAAAAAUAUAAAUAAACAUUAACAUACAUAUAUAACAAAGCAUUUUGAAUGAUCCAUAAGUACUAUCCAUAUAACUAUAUGUUAUGUAUAUAUAUAUGUAUAUGUAACAGCGUGCGUGUAUAAUAAUAAUGGCUUCAUUUUAAAUAUCACGUAGCAGCUCCUACUUUAUUACUAAAUUAAAACAAAUUUGCUCACAGCUCUUGUUUCUGCCACAUAUUUAUUUUUCCCUCUUUCCAAAACCUUCAACUUCUCCCUUCGAGGACUUCAGUGUUUGAUUGCUUCUUUUUAAUAAAAACUCAUUUACGUCUCGAUUAAAAAAUUUAAUUGUCGUUCAUUUUAUAUUAAUUCUAUGUUUAAUUUUGAAUCUAUACACAAUUUUUUACCAAAUCCGAAAAUGCUUAUCGAAGCUGACGCACUCUGUCUUUAUUUUUUAUUUUCUAUUUCAAAAGUUGUUAAAAUAAUACCUAAUUUUUAAUACUUUUAUACAAAUACUUAAACUAAUUUUCGUCAGUUCAUCUAUCUGUCUGUGCAAGCGUUAACUCGAUCAUGAUCUCUGGCAUCCUAAUAAAGUUCAUACUGUAAUUGAGUGAAAUAGCCCUAAUUUGCCAAAUUAGUAUGCCCCCCAAACACCGCUAAUUGAAAACGCCGCCUACGAGCAAAUAUCUUAUUUUAUAGAUUUCAUUAACGUUCCCAUCAUUCAUCGCUAAAAAAAUUGUAAAAAGUGGAUCACUGAACCUCGACCAGUUCCAAUAUAACGCAAUUUUCAAACUAUUUUACUCCUGACAUAUGUAAGAUAGACCAGAUCCAAACGCAAACGGUUCAUACCUUCUCAGUAUGGCCAAUACCAGGAUCCUCAUCCUUCUGGUGGAACUUAAACUAAAUAUAUAUUAGUCAAUAUUUUACAAAUAUCUUUAUCUUACAAAGGAAGAUUUAUCCGCUGACGUAGAAUAGAUACAUUGAUUUCCUUGAAUAUCUUAUAUGGUUUGGUGUCGAAAAUAGCUGAAUUUGGUUCAGACUCUAGCCUCCAAAUACAAAAUUUUGUUUAUAAUAAAAUUUUGCAGAUACAUGGAUACAACUAUUUCAGCCGUCUUUACUUCUAACAAAUUGCGAGAGUAUAGUAAAUGUUCGGCGACAGCCCUUAUUACUAGUUUUAACUAAUUAGUUUAGUUUGUAAAUAUAUACAUCAAUCAUAUUAGUCUUACACUUUAGUUUUUAAUUUUGUAUAUUUAUAAUUCAAAAAUAAAAUUUGUCAAUAUACGGAUAGUUUGUA